AUGCAAGAGUUCACCAGUGUGUGGGUCAGAGACCCUCGUAUGCAGAGAGAAGAUUUCUGGCAUGCUUAUAUGGAUUAUGAAAUAUGCAUACAUACCAACAGUCCGGCUUUCACUAAGAAAACCUCUUGUGUACGCAGGAGGUACAGUGAGUUUGUGUGGCUCAGACAGAGGCUGCAAAACAAUGUCUUACUGAUCGUACGUGUGCCUGAGCUGCCACCAAAGAACCCUUUCUUCAGUAUGAAUAAUUCACGCCACAUCAGUGUUAGGAUGGAGGGGCUCAGGAACUUUCUGGAAGAGGUACUUCGCCGUCCUGUGUUGCUCUCUGACAGCUGUUUGCAUUUGUUCCUGCAGUCCCCCCUGAGCGUGUCGCAGAUGGAGGCGUGUGCUGACGGUCGGACGCGCUGUUCGGUAUCGCAGGCGAUUCUGAGCUCUCCGGCCGUCCUGCGAUUCGGCCCAAAAUCCCAGGAGGAAGCAGAAUCUGAGUGA